AUGGGAUUGGAAUUAGGGAUCUGAAGGGUCUUCUUCAGCCUGAAUGAUUCUAUGAUUCUAUACCUCAAACCCAACAACCACAGAGCUCAGCUUAUUUCUUUGGACCCUCCUCACAGCCUGUUCCUAUUGCCACACAGGAGGUGUAUCCAUUUGGUCACUGAGGAGCAGAGGACCCGGCACAGAAAUGAGGGACACACAGAGCACACUGAGGAACACAGCUGAUGACUGCAGAGCCCGAUCUGCAACCCAACAUGUUAAUCAUGUGGUGGAGGAGAGCUGCACUUCAGUCAUACGGCUUUUAAAGUCUCAAAGGAUGGAAUAGUACAAUAAGGAGCUGAGCAUUAACUCACCACUGCUAACACUGUAUGUAGCAGUGUGGCUGCCUCCCUUUGUGGUCCCGCUGCUGUGGAAACUUCAGAGCAAUUUUACUCAACACCCGCAGUUCAGUUUGGCAAGUUACGAUGCAUGAUGAAUGGUGUACAGAUACAAAAAACGCUGUAACACAAAAACGUACAGACUCAGCUCAACACCAAUUUACUGGCAAUAAGUGGCACAUGGGGAUCAGAAAUGAGCCAGAGAUAACAAACCCAGGAGCUGCAAAGACAGCAUCAGCUUGCCUUGCCUGGCUGGGGACUGAGCUGGGUGGGGAAAGGCAGGAAAAGAGGAGGCUGUCUCAGGAAAGGAAAGGUGAGGACCUGGCUGGCCAGGGAAAUGGAGCGAGGAGGCAUCUCCUGGCAGCCUCAGGAGGACCCAGAGGAUGGCACAUCCCAGGUGAGAUGGCACCUUCUGGGGCUCAGGACCUUGCUGUCAACUAUCUGUAGCCUUCCAACAUAUCUGGGACAUGGCAACACAAGUGGCUGCUGUCCCCCAGAGAAGCUGCAAAGCCUUUCCCGGAGAGCUGAGAGUCCCAGCAGCCACCAGAAGAGCCGAGCACAGUAAGAGACGAUUUGCUGUUUCUCUGAGGACUCUGGGCAUUGGAAGCCAGGAGAGCUUCCAAUUCAAUUUUCCCUUCACUUCAGAUGGGCUUGGACAAGAGCCCCAAAGAACACACAGUAACCCAACGCUGUGAAACUGUGGAACCCGUUAGAGAACACUCUUAUUUUCUUAGUAACCAAAGAGAGGCCACUGUUAAUAUUUUCUACUUCAGGGGAACAGGAAUGUCUACUUGGUUUCCUGAUUGCAGGGUAAGCAGCAGCGAGUUAAUGCUUAACCGCGUCGCUGCAAUUUUGUUCAAUCCCUCCAGACUGUUAAAAUAAAAAGUGGAAAAAGCAAGGAGCGGUGUUAUUACAUGACGCAGAAAUACCACCCGAUGAGUCAACCCACCGCCCCGCAAAACGAGGAAAUCGCUGCUCUGCAAAACGACACCUGGCAAUCUGCAGGGAAAACGAGACAGCCGGGUGAAGUCACCGAACGCCCCGUGUCUGCUUGGUGCGGGGCCACAAGAAACCAGCUAAAAAAACCCCCUCUGCUCAGCCGCCUGCUACCCCGAGACCGCACACAGUUUCGCCGUACCGCGAAGAAAGCACGGCUGCCCCGCACGGCUCCCCCCGUGGCACCGCGCAUGCGCCGCGCGCCCCUUCUGCGUCACGACUGUCGGCGCCUGCGCGUUGUCCCGGCGGCGGGAUGAAGGUGGCGGUGGCGGGGUGCUGCCAUGGCGCUCUGGAUAAGAUGUACGAGACGCUGGAGCUGCUCCAGAAGCGGCACAACGUGCGACCCGAUCUGCUGCUCUGCUGCGGCGACUUCCAGGCCGUGCGUAACGAGGCGGACCUGCGCUGCAUGGCCGUGCCCGCCAAGUACCGCCACAUGCAGACGUUCUACCGGUACUACUCCGGUGAGAAGAAGGCCCCGGUGCUGACGGUGUUCAUCGGCGGGAACCACGAGGCCUCCAACCACCUGCAGGAGCUGCCCUACGGCGGAUGGGUGGCGCCCAACAUCUACUACCUCGGUUACGCGGGCGUGGUGCGGUUCCGCGGCGUGAGGAUCGGCGGCAUCUCGGGCAUCUUCAAGUCGCACGACUACCGGAAAGGUCACUUUGAAUGUCCACCAUACAAUCAGCAAACGAUCAGAAGUGCUUACCAUGUCAGGAACAUCGAGGUCUUCAAACUUAAGCAGUUAAAGCAUCCAAUGGACAUAUUUAUGUCACAUGACUGGCCACGGAGCAUAUAUCACUAUGGAAACAAGAAACAGCUGCUUAAAAUGAAAUCCUUCUUCCGUCAAGAAGUGGAGAGCAACACGCUAGGAAGCCCUGCUGCUUCUGAGCUUCUGCAGCAUCUGAAACCUAAUUAUUGGUUUUCAGCACACCUCCAUGUUAAGUUUGCAGCUUUCAUGCAACACGAGACAAAGUCCAAAGAAGAACUACCAAAAGCAACCAAGUUUUUGGCUCUGGAUAAAUGUCUGCCUCACAGAGACUUUUUGCAGAUAAUAGAUGUUGAGCAUGAUCCUACUGCAGGUGACUCGUUGGAAUAUGAUGCUGAGUGGAUUGCAGUCCUCAAGGCCACCAACAGUCUAAUUAAUGUGACUCAGAGCCCAUGGAAUGUGCCUGAAAAUAAUGGCCUCCAUGCAAAGUGGGAUUACAGUGCAACAGAAGAGGCCAUCAAGGAGGUGUUAGAAGAGCUGAAUCAUGACCUCAAAAUUCCUUGUAACUUCACCUUGACAGCUGCUUGUUAUGAUCCCAGCAAGCCCCAAAAAAACAUGGAACCGGUUCACACCAUCAAUCCACAGACCACUGAGUUUUGUGCCCAGUUUGGCCUCACUGACAUCAACGACAGAAUCCAGCAGAUUAAAGAAGAGGGCUCAGUACGUGGAGAGUAUGAAGAGGAAGAAGAGGAAAUGGACAGUAGUGGGUCAGCCGAGGAACCUAGUGAAUAUAAUACUGAUAACUCUGGGCUUUCGUCCAUUAAUCCAGAUGAAAUAAUGCUGGAUGAUGAAGGUGGUGAUGAAGAUUUGAGCACUUGUUCCGUAGAUCCUUCCCCCGAUCAUCCUCCUGAGUUUUCUGCAAGUUUUUCUGACAUCAGGAUCAUGCCAGAUUCCAUGGCGGUAUCAUCUGAUGAUGCUAUGGACUCCACUAAUGAGGAACUAGAGAAAUCUGGUGUGAAUAAGCAGGUGGAAGAGAAGAGCUUGAAUGAGAGACCUUUAAAGCGUGUUAGUGGUAGUGAAAAUGGGAACAGUGGCAUUAAAAUUAAGAGAAGGAAUCAAGCCAUCUAUGCUGCAGAGGAUGAAGAUGAAACAAAAUAACACUACAUGAUGUAUAACUAAGUUCUCUCCCCACCUUUUUAUGCAAUGGUGAUGAGAACUAUGGUGAACUUCUCAUGCUUUUAACAUUAUUUGAUCUUAAUCAUGCUACUUCCUUAAACUGAAGAGGCACAGUGUACCUCUUGCAGGGAAGAAUGUUUCGCUAGAUUAAACACUUAAGUCACAAGUGAAAUUCUGUAACAAAGUACUUUGUCAAAGGAUUUAAGAGUCAUGUAUAAUCAGUUGGUUUUUUUGCUUCAGUUCUUGGUUAUCAGUUUUUACUCAAUAUCCUGUGCUGUACUGCUAUACAAGAUGCACCAUGCUUGUUUAACGAGAGCUCUUAAACUGUAACUGAAAUCAAAGUGAGGGGAUGUUUGACUCGUGAGAUUGAACUAUUUGCUUUUAUUGCUUUUGUCUUGUUUUAUACUGAUAUAUUUUUUUUAAUACAAAGUAGUAUAUGCAAUAACUUCAUGGACUAAGUUUGAAAGCAGAAUUCCCAGGAUAACAAAACAGCAAUAGAAGAGUGAAGACUGCUUCUGGUGACAUUUGUGCUGUAGAAAAGCUUCAUGGUCAAAAACAGAACUAUGUGUAUUGUCUAGUAUUGGAUUCUAAUACUUCUUCAGUAGAGAACCAUGUCUCAAUUUUUAGCAUGAGUUUUAUGAGGACCAUGGAGGACUACAUGUCUGUUCUUAAAAACUCAUGUGCUGUUUCUUAAAAGUUGAGAAACAUAUCUUACAUUAAAAUGCAGCUAUGUAGCUUCCUGAACGUGAA